GCAAGCAGGCGGCAACCUUGGCAACACAACCAUGGGAUGGGAAGGGAAGGGAAACCACCGCCGGCGAACUCUUCUCACACAGCCCUCCCCGCUCAUCCCCACCGCGGCCGACCCGGGCCCCCACCUCACCCACACACACCCCCCGUCCCCUCCUCGCCCCACUCGCCGUCCUCCGUCCAUCCGGAACGCUGGAAACCCCUCAGGGAAAGGUCGACAGCGGCGUUAGCCCCGCUCCUUCCCGCCGCCUCAGCGGGGCCCGCCCGCGUAAACACCGCCGCCCGGAAAAUAAUAGUGCGCAACGGCGGGGGGGGGGGGGGGGAAGCGCCGCGCCGCGCCCCGCCGCCACCACCACCCCCACCCCCGCACCGCGGACCUUCUCCCCGCUCUCCCCUCGCCGGUCGGGGCGACGCGGGACCGGAGGGAGUCGGGUCGUGGCCGGACCCACCUGAGGAAGUUGGCGUCUUGGCAAAGCAGUACCUUGAGCGAGGCCUUCUGGUGCCGGACCACGUCAUCACGCGCGUGAUGAUGACGGAGCUGGAGAAGCGGCGAGAGCAGCCCUGGCUGCUCGACGGUUUCCCUCGGACGCUGGGGCAAGCCGAGGCGCUGGACAGGAUCUGCGAGCUGGACCUGGUGAUCAGCUUGAACAUACCCUUUGAGACGCUGAAGGAUCGCCUGAGCGCCCGCUGGGUCCACCCGGCCAGCGGAAGGGUGUACAACAUGGACUUCAACCCUCCCCAUGUCCAGGGCAUCGAUGACCUGACGGGCGAGCCGCUGGUCCAGCGCGAGGACGACAAACCCGAGGCCGUUGCUGCCAGGCUCAGAAAAUACAAAGAUGCUGCGAAGCCAGUAAUAGAGUUGUACAAGAGCAGGGGCAUCCUUCAUUCCUUCUCGGGGACAGAGACCAACAAGAUUUGGCCGUACGUGUACACUCUGCUUUCCAGCAAGAUCCCACCCCUUCUCUCGGACGAGGAGAACUAAACGGCUUGUGCCAAGGACCAAGAGUUAAUUUGAUCACGGAUUUGGUUUCUCUGCGCGGUGCUGGGGCUGUGCUCAGAUUAGGCGAUCGUGUGGUACCUAAAGUCCCUUCCCUGGGUGUACUGGGUGACAUCGGUGGAUACACGUUUAUAGCCAGUAUCAGGGCGAAAAGAUCUUUGCUUGUAAGGUCAAGUUUGCUAGAAUAAGGGUUUUUUUUCCUCUCUUGAGGCUAUAAAGUAUUCCUGCCUGUGGUCCAAGUACACACACAGACCAGUGAUGCAAACCUGGGUAAUGAUCAUACCAGGUUUACACAGCUUGCCACGAUGUUCUUGCCACCCCCAUACAAACCCCAGUCUCUGAGCCUACAGUGUGCCAUCCUGUUGCUCCACAGUACCGUUUACUGCAGAUUACUCCCUAGGCUGGGGGUUUUUUAAAUUAAAUUACAUUAAAUUAAAUCUAUUUCUCAGAAAAAUAAAGCUCUAAAAAGCGAGACUUAGCCCAGUGGGAAUCGGUGAGCAACAUGGAAAAUGUGUACACUACAAAGCUCAGAAAUGUGAAGAUCACAUUUCCAGCAUUAAUACACAUAAAAGAGGAAAAACAUUGGAGGUAAAACACGUACUCGUGCUUCUUCCAUAGAGAGCCAUGAAACCCCUGUUAUAAAAAGCUGCUGUACAGUCUAGUUUUCAUGAGAUGCUGUGACACUGAGCAGGAUCUGUGCUGGGGAUGAGUUGCACUCCUUUGUGCUUACCUUGUUUAUAGCUUUUAAUACUACAAGAUACAGUCACGUUGUAAGAGUUUCUCCCAAAGAUGUAUUUUAAUGUGUGCUUUAGUUUUUGGGGAGAAAUCAAGUCAUUCCAUCUUCUGUGCUGCCUUUGUCCCCGAGGUCCCCCAGCGACGGGGGGUCUUCCCUAUGCGGUUCCCGCUGCGGCUGCAGCAUCCCUGGCAGAAGCAGCUCCCUCCCCACGAACCCCCGGAGAGAUGAGAGCCUUCCCUUCCUUGGGACGCGUGCAGGGGCUGCCGAGGGCUGUGCCCAGGCAUUUCCCCGAGAUUUACGGCAUCAUCUGAGUGUGUCUGCUCGCCCGCAGGAGCUUUGCGGCCGGGUGGCUUUUCUCAACUGGAAGUACUGUAACCCUCUUUGGUGGCAGGAUGCAGUACCUAAGCAAUGGGGACGUUCUUUUUGUCUCCUCGAGUUGCCUUAUUUUAUAGACUAUAUAUUUAAGAAAAAAAGCAAGAUGUGUAUUUUUAAAAGGUUUAAAAAAAAAAAAAAAGCGCUGAAUUUUAGCGUCGACUUUUGGGAACUCUGCACGAAGCUGCUUGCCUUCGCAGAGCGUGCUGCAGUCUGCCAUGGGUGGCUCAGGAGGGAGGCAGAAAAGCUGUCACUCCCCGGCACCCGUUUGAUUCAUUAGAGCAGCCUGGGCAAGUUUCUGUUGCUGAAACGUCGCUGGUUUUCUUUUUGCUUGGAGAGUGCGGCAGGGGAGGGGGAGCUGACUGGCUUUUUUAGGGAUGCACGGGCUCCGCGUGCGAAACCUCAGCGCAUCCCCGGGCAUCUUCAAUCCCUGCUGCGCCAACCUGCAUCCUCAUGCUAUCGGGGGGGGGGCCUGAUGUUUGCUCUCCCCGUCGGAGGCAGCUUUGCCCCGGCGCUCUCCUGAUAACGGAGCCAGAAGCCGUCGGGCAUCUGCCGAGUGAGAUCUCUGCCCGCGUGCUGCUGCCUGCUCUGCGGCGGCAGCGGGGUAAGGCUCCGCAUCCCGCUCUGGGUGGGAAUUUCCCGGGUGGGAGCAGAGGGACCGCCGGGUUUCACUGCUGUCCCUAGGGGUCUUUCCAUCCCCCCCCCCGGAGCUCCUGGGCUGGGAGGACGCAAAUCUUCCACCCUGCAAUGAAAUCCUAUUUAAGAAAGAUUUGAGAUUUUCCCAUGACCCUCGGACGAAGGUCUGGGCUGUUUUUUAAACACAAAUCUAGAAAUAGCCAAAAUGUGCGUGCUGUUUCUUUCUAACAGUGUUGGGCAGGAGGGGAGGAGGUGAUUGGGGGGGGGGUGUUUAGGCUAUAAAAGCAGCCUGGCCGCGGCGGGCGGCUCUGCCGGGGCCGAGUGCCGGGCAGGGGGGCUGCUCCUUGCUUUCCCUUGCCUAGCUCUUGUGUCUCAUCCUUCUCUGCUGCAAAAUGCCUCCUGCAGAGGGGCUUGGCCCACGCAGCGCCCAGCGGCGGGACAGGGCUCGCAGAUGUCUUUGCCCCAGGAGAGCCGCCCGAGCGCUUGUUUUAAAGGCUUUGAGCCCUAUAGAUGUAGAAAUCCCGCGACUGUGCAUGCGUCAAGCCCUCGGGAUAGAUUUUUUUGCUACAAGAGUUGUUGUACGGUGCGUAUUCAUAGACCAAAUACCGGCAGGGAUGAGGUCCCGGAGCGACACGUGUCCCUCGCCUUUCCUCCCCGCCGCGCUCCCCUUUGGUACUUUACUGUGAAUCUCCCGCCUUUUCUAAAGCGACAGCAAUUUUGUACCGACCCAAGAUACUGUGUGCUGGGAGGAGGGUCUCCCCGCGCGCGGGGCACCGCUGGCACAUCACGCCGAGUUUUCUUCCUGGAGUUUCUUCCCGGUGAAUCGCUGCAGCUGUGUUACGCCUUGAAAGAUGUAAAUAAAAUUUUUCUCCUGCUUA